AUGGUCAGAAACAAGUUCCUCGUUAACACGUGUAAUAAGUUGGGCCAUCUAGCAAGAGAAUAUCGACGGGGAAGCGAUCAAUGUUACCGUUGUGGUAGGCCAGGCCAUGUAUUUAAGAAUUGCCCUCUUGGUGAUCGUGGAGUUGAAAAUGUCACCAACCGUGUCCCAGUGAGAGAUCAAAGGGUUAUGCAGAAUUCUGGUUAUGGUGGCAACACAAGCAACAACAACAGCAGAAACCCUCCCAGAGGACCUCCUCAAGCUGGAAGAGUGUUCAUGAUGCAAAGAGAGGAAGCUGAGGCUGAUGACACCGUCAUUACCGGUACCUUUCCUGUUAACUCUAUACCGGCUUAUGUUUUAUUUGACUCUGGAGCUUCUCAUUCAUUUAUAUCUACGUCAUUUGCUAAGAGUUUAAAAGCUAAAUCAUGUCCUGAUUUCUCAUCCAUGUCUGUCACCCUUCCAAAUGGUGAAUCUGUUCCAUACAUCCCAAUAGUCUGUGAGUAUCCCGAUGUGUUCCCAGAAGAGGUACCUGGCAUGCCUCCGCAAAGGGAAAUAGACUUCAACAUUGAUCUUAUUCCAGGAUCUGCUCCCAUCUCAAAAGCACCUUACCGUAUGGGACUAGCAGAAUUGCAAGAAUUGAAGAAGUAG